AUUUCUCUUAUGCUUGCUUUCCACGCGUGUUUAAGAUUCACGCUUUGAGAAAAGUCCGAUUUAAAGUCAGAACUAGUUUAAAUAUAAGAUUCCAUCAGUAUGGGAGGCCAGGCCAAGGGCAAAAAGAAAAACAAGCCGAAGAGGAAAGAAAACCGUCCAGACAGGGGAGAUCUAGGAUUUGUCAAUCUGACACCUCAGGAAAGGAUGAAAGUAAGAAUGCACGAAAAAGCCAAGAAGAAGACAGCUGAGAAGUACUCAGUACAGCAACUCCUAGAAAAGACAGAAGAAUGCAUGGACAGUUUUGACUUUGAGAUGGCCGGCCUCUUCUGUCAGCGCGCCCUGGACGUGGAGUCGACCAACCUGCAAGCUCUCGACAUGCUGGGACACAUUUCCUCUGAGUUAGGAGACACACAGAAAGCUAAAGGAGCUUUUCUGCGUGCAGUGGAGCUGAGCCCGGACGUUGGCCACAGCAAAUACAUGUACCUGGGACAAAUCCACACAGGCCAGGAGUCUGUGGACUACUACACCAGAGGAAUCCAGGUUUUGCAGUCUGCACUGGAGAAACAAGAAACAACAGCUCUUGCUGGAGCUGCCGCCCCGCCAGAUGAGAACUCUGAGCUCCCCACAGCGAAGGACGUCAGCGUCGCCUACUGCUCCAUCGCUGAGAUUUACUUAACAGACCUCUGCAUGGAGGAGGGAGCUGCGGACAAGUGCAGAGAGUUCAUUGAGAGAGCAUUACAGUAUCACCAUGACAACCCCGAGGCUCUCCAGCUUAUGGCCAGUUACCUGUUCAGCACAGAGAGAAACCAGGAAGGUAAAGAGUACCUGUUGAAGAGCGUUCAGAUGUGGCUACCUGCGCUGAAGCAGAGUGCAGCUUCUUCCGCCACAGAGGAAGACGUACAGAACGACGUCCCGCCGUACGAGUCUCGCAUCACCACCUCCAAACUGCUCAUCGAGUCGGAGGAGUACGAGAUGGCGGUGGAUGUGUUGGAGGGUCUUCUGGAGGAGGAUGAUGAAGUCGUCCAGGUGUGGUAUCUCUCCGGCUGGGUGUGUUACCUCCAGUGGGAAAAAGCGAAGGAGCAGCAAGAAAGGGAAGGAAGGGAAGUGACGGAGGAGGAGAAGGAGGAGUGGAAGGCGUUGACGGAGGCGGCCAGGUCGUACCUGACGAAUGCCAAGAAGCUGUACGGUAAGCUUCGAUGUGAUGACCAGCCAGUGUUGGAGCAUGUGGAGCAGCUGCUGGGCGAACUGGGAGGGGAGAUGGAGGGAGAGGAGGGGGACCCAGCCUUGGACGAAGACUAUGAACCCUGCAGCGACGAGGACGAAGCAGCGGCGCCCAUGGAACACUGAUCACACCUCCUUACUUUGAUUCUCCCCCCGUCGUGCUUCCCUGUAUUUCUUGUGCGCUCUCCAAAGUGCCUUUUUUUUUUAAUGGUUUUCCUUUCACACCUGCUUAUCAAAGAUUAAAUUUGAAUUCCGGUGAUAUGCACAAAGAAGAGUGGCAUUAAAAGCUGCAGUCUACUCAAUCUCUUUCAGUCAGUUGUUUAAUGCUUUUGGUAAAAUAAGUGCAUACUUGAGUAAUGCCUCGCUUAAUCUCCUUGACAGAUGUUGAUGAAAGAAAUUAGUUUUAGAGCUUUACUUCUCACCGGCAGCAGAAGCAAAACACCUUUGAAUGCUUUUACCUCUUGUACACACCCACGCGUGGUUUCUACAAGCAGGCAUACGCGACACAUGCGCACAUCCAAACAAAAACACACAAAAGCAGCAUGUUAAUUACUUGAGCUCAGCGGCGGCGGCAGCAGUGUUUCCCUCUUAAAAAGUGAAUCACCUUAUGCGAGCAUUGUUCGAAAACUGUCCACCAACAAAUGCUAUCUUUAAAUGACACUCUAAUAUUCCAAGCUUAUGUGCAGUGCUUGAAUUUUUAUGUGAUUCUGUUUAUUCUCCCCCUUCAGUUUUUUUUUUUUUUUUUGGCUUUUUGGUUACUCAUUGGAUUCAGCGAGACACAAUAGAAAGAAUUUGACAUUAACUUAUGCAGAAUGCGUCUCUCUCUCUCUCUCUCUCUGCUAGACUUUUCAGAGUGACUUGCAUAAAACCUUCUAGAGAGGGGAAAGAGGAUAUUUUUUUUUUCUAACUAGCUUUCACCCUGCAGCGUGCAUGGGUUGCCGUGGCACAAUAACGGACAGAUGCUUUUCACUUUUUAUAUAUUUAUCUUUUCUACACUGAGUGCAGCAAAGGUGAAGAGAGGGUUUGUACGUGUGAUUGGUUAGACUGCGACAGAUGCUGCUGCUGUUUUGUGGACAAAGACGAGCACAGUAUUUAAACAGGGUUUGUCUUUUACUCACAACGGAAAACUCAAAAUGUGAGAUAUUCACAGCAGAGUCAGGGCAGAAAUAUCACACUGAGUAUUCAACUAAAGCGAGAACACCUUCAUGCAAAAACACUUAAAUGUCAAGUAUUUAAAAUUGUGUCACCUCUCAAUAGUUUUGUCAUUUAUAAGUCGAACAGUGGGGUGUUGCAUAUAACGAACAAGUAUUUAGUAUUUAGAAUACCGGCCUCAGAGCAGAAACUGUGAAUACCCCUGUGGCCACUGACGCACAAGUUAGGAAAUCUGUGAUCACCAAAUUGAGUACAUCUGUGAUUUCCAAUCAGCCUAACUGCAUGAAAACGGUUAUAAGAUGAGCUGUGAACACCAGAACUUUCUUAGUUUUGGAGCGAUGGACUGUGUCUAAAUGCAUGUCUGCAUCAUGGCUCCACAUGAAGAAUUCUCAGAGGAAUGAAACAGUCUGAUUGAGAGACUUCACAAAGAUACAAGAAGAUUGAUGACCAACCAGUAAUCAGGGAGUCUAGAACAACCCAUGGUACCACUAAUCAGAGCUGCAGUGCUCGUCCUCCUAUACACCACAUUAAAUGCACCACUUUACAGUCUGGCUCUGAAAAACAGACAGCAGCUGCCUCAGAUAUGACACGGGGGUUAUCAGUGGAAAUCAUUGUUAUUCUAACUGCUCCGACAGUGUGAAGGACAUUGCAUAACAUCCGCAUCUAUCGACAAGAAGAAAAAAAAAUAAAAUCUUGCAUGCUCUCUGGCACAAAACUGCAAGACUAAACUUGGCAGAGAAACACGAGAAGAAGCCUGAUGAAUAUUACGAGCGUAUUCUUUGGUCACGUAAGACCAAGAUAAAUCAUUUCAGAUGGAGUCCAGCAUGUUAACCUGACCAGGACGACCACAGUGGAUGCAUGGUCCCGACAGUGAAGCGUGUAGGUGGGAGUGCGACGAUACGGGGCUGUGUGAGCGCAGAAGGUGUUUUAGUGAAAUUACAUUAACAGAUGCACCACGGAUGUCUGUGGAUGAACCGAAAUACUGGCUGACAAGUCGACUCUCCGGUCUAAAGAAACUUGGCAGAAGAGCAGUAUUCUGACAAUGCUCGAAAGCACACUGCCAAAAAUCACACAAGACUUUCUAAAGAAGUACAAAGUGAAAACUUUGACCUGCACGAGUGCGUUGUCUGACUUGAAUCCAAAAGAACACCGCUGGGGUAUUUAGAGGAGAAAAGUGGAGCAACACAGGAUUUAGUAAAACACAAAGGCUGACAUAUAAAGUGUUGACAAAAUAGAUUUGAAUGUCAGUAAUGACUGCUGACUUUUCAGUUCCUACUUUGAGUCCUGUAUUUUCAUGAGUAAAUCUAAACUGCUAUUUUUUAAAAUUUACAAUAGAACAAAAUGCUGCUCAACUUGCCUUUAACAAAAUUUAGGAUCAUUUAGGAGAUAUUGUAAGGAUGUGCUCACUUCUUUUGUAUAUUGUACUUUUUUCACAUCUCUGCCCCUUUUAUCUCAACAAUCUUGCAAACCUGCAAACAGUCCAUUUGUGUGUGUGUUGCUUUAGCAAAAUGGGGAUUGAUUGACUCAAUUUAAGUAGCAUCUGUCCACAUUUUAAACACUUUUUGUGCCGUAGUUUCGAUGCCCUUGUAAAAAAUAUACUACAAUAACCGACUUUUCUAAGACCCUGUUUAUACUUUUGGUGCAUGUUGAGUUUUUCGCCCCUAGUUGCCGUUAGUAAAGAGACUGCUACGUGUGACAAACAUGCUGUAACACACAACCACCACAGAGUAUUUCUCCAUGCAACCACGCCUGUUAACAAACUCGGGCGUCCGCUGCCACGUGGGCCCUUUGAAGAAUUUCAUAACCGGUAAAUGGGAACGCUAUCUGAGAUCCUGCCCCUGAUAGCGAGCCAGCUGCAAGCCGAGAGGCCUGUUUGGGAAUACAGGGGGUUCAGAUACCGUGAUCUGAUUGUGCAUGUUUGUGUUUAAGGAGCAUGAAAUACAGCUCAGGAGGAAAGUUACAGAUAUGAUAUUGUGUGUGUGUGUGUGUAUGUGCGCAGGUUUUGCUGCAGAUUAUCUUAGCCUAAUGUGAUAUGAUGUGUUGUUAUUUGUGGACUGGGCUUUGCUCACAAUUAUUCAUGUCUGUGAUGUUUGGUGUAUGGUAAUGCACCAGUACAGGCCUUGAGGAACGACUACCUGGAGCGACUCUGUCAUCUAGAAUUUGCCUUUUAUAAUUAAAAUGAGCCCUAUUGUGUA